ACCACAAUGAUCCGAAGACAGUCUGCUUUGAUUCUCCUCAGUACCUUGUCUCUGAUUCAAACUGCAGAGGUUGCUGAGCAGAUCUCUUUGACUGUGGUUGAACCUGGUGGUAGUUUGAAUCUGACAUGUCCGUUCUUUGGAAAUGAAGCUGGGUUGUUUUACUGGUAUAAGCUGAAGUUUGGAUAUAUGGUCCAAACAGUUGCAGUGGGGACUUUUAGGACAGUAAAUCUUCAAGCACCAUUUGACAACUCAAGAUUCACAGUCACAAAAGUGAACAGUCAGUAUGUUCUCAACAUCAGAAAUGUGAGCAAAGAAGAUGAAGCAACAUACUUCUGUCAAGCAGGAUCGGCAUACAUAAUGAAGUUCAUUAACGUCACGCUUCUGGUUGUGAACGAUCAUAAAAAUCAGAAGAAGUCUUUCUACGUGAAACAAAAUCCGGAGGCUGAGUGGGUCGAGCAGGGCGAAAGAGUGACUCUCAAGUGUUCACUUCUCUCCACAAACAAAGAAACCUCAGAUCAGUGUCCAGGUGAACACAGUGUGUACUGGUUCAGAUCUCGAUCAGGAGAAUCUAAUCCAAGCAUCAUUUACACUCAAAGUGACGAACAAGAGGAGAGAAGUUGUUUCCAUAGUCUGUCCAAAACUAUACAGACCUCCUCUGAUACUGGGACUUACUACUGUGCUGUGCUCACAUGUGGAGAGAUCCUGUUUGGUGAAGGAACUAAAGUGGAAACAAAAAAUCAGCUGUGCCCAUACCUGGUUGUGCUCGGGAUACUGCUGGGCUGCUCUGUGACUGUGAUUGUGGCUCUAAUUAUCUUCAGAAAUCGAAAGCCAGUUUGUGAAAAUCAAAGAGGAGGAGCUUCCAUUCAUGACGGAUCAGCUGACGAUCAAGCAAGUAAUGUGGAUGAUGAAGCGGUGGCGAUGAACUAUGUAGCGCUGGAUUUCCCCUCAAGAAAUGCUAAAAGAUGGACAAACACCAGGGAGUUUCAACAGAACUGUCUGUACUCUGGCACCAGAGAUAAAAAACCAACAAGUCUCAUGUUAAUAGACAGUGUCAAGAUGAUCCUGUUAUGGGUUGCAUUGCUUGUUCUUCAUCGAGGAUAUACGCUGGUUCCAGUGACCACAGUUCAACUUGGUGAACCUGUGACUUUAAUGUGUGAUUUGCCUGAUGAGUUUAGAGAUAAGCUCUACUGGUACAAGCAGAGUGCAGGGGAGACUCUGAAAUUGAUUGUGAGACUGCAGAAACAUGCAAACCCUGUGUAUGGACCACAGUUUUCUGCCUCAAGACUGGAUGUAAACAUUUCUAACAAAAUCAGCAGGCUGACCAUUUUGAGGACGAUUCAAAAAGAUGAGGGAAUGUAUCACUGCGCAGUCAUGGAGUGGACUGAGAUUACCUGGAGUGGCACCUAUUUGUCAUUAAAAGGAAACACUCAGAGGACAUCAAACUAUGCUGUUGUUCAGUGGCCGACAGUGUCUGAUCCAGUCCCUCCAGAAGCCUCGAUGUCUCUCCAGUGUUCAGUCCUCUCUGACUCGAAGAAUAAAAUGUGUCCAGGAGAUCACAGUGUGUUCUGGUUCAGAGCCGGAUCAGAUAAAUCUCAUCCAGACAUCAUCUACACUGAUGGAAACAGACAUGAGGAAUGUGACAGGAACUCUGACACUCAGAAGAGUUGUGUUUAUCGCUUCUCUAAGAACGUCAGCUCCUCUGAUGCUGGGACUUACUACUGUGCUGUGGCCACAUGUGGACAGAUAUUAUUUGGAGAUGGAACUAAAGUGGAAAUUGAGCGAACAAGAAGUUUUGAAUUCACUGCACUGGUGAUUGUGACCAUCUGCUUGGUCAUUUCUUUAACUGGGAAUAUUGUUUUCAUCUGUUACCGAAAUAGAAGACCAGCAUGUCCUCAAUUUAGAGGAGUAGAAAGUGGUGCUUUGCAAGGAAGACAUGACAACUGGAGCCAGCCAGUACAUGAUAUUACUGAGGGUGGACCUGACAUGAACUACGCUGCGCUGCAGUUCUCUGGAAACAAAGCCACAAGAGGAAGGAAGAAGAAAGAGCUGAAGACUGAGGAAAGUGUGUAUUCUCAGGUUAAAUGCUCAAUGUGAAUGUGUGUAUAUUAAAACCUGCAGUUUGGUUUAUAGUUCUGACCUCUGUCAAUAAAAUACAUUGUAAAUGUUGUGGGAUCCCUUCAAAUGUUAAUGACAGCGAGUUAUAGCCAAAAUCCAAAAUCAUAGUAUACAGACUCUGUGCUCUUUAUGUUCUAUGUUUAACUGUAUAUUGAUCCUUGCACCAUAUCAUGUGUUUGCAUCAGCCUGUUUUUUAUUCUUUUAUGUUUGAAAUAUUAACGCUAGCUGGCUUUAUUAAAAAAUAACACAAAAAAAUUUGAUAGAGCUAUUGCAGACUAUCUUCUUAUUUUCUACAUUUCUU